UAUCAAAAGUUUGGAGAAACCUAUCGGUUGCUGCAAGAGGCAGAGUAGACGCGCAUCUGUUUCACCCAGCGCCGCGUUCUAUCUAAUCUUUCAGGAUAAUAACCAUUAUUUUCUUCAUUUUUUUACCAGUCGUUCGGUUCAUCUUUCUCGAACUCCGGUUUGUUUCAUUGUUCAAAUAUAGGCAUGGUUCCGUUGGGUUACUUGUUUCUGUGAAAGAGUUGCCCGCAAAAUAGGCUAUAUUCUUGUUUUAUUUUUUAGAAUAAAUGUAUGGAUGUUUUCCAGCUGAAUUGCUCGGAAAAUCAGAGUGCGCUUUAAGUACUUUUCAUGUGGUGGCACCGUUUCCCCGAAGUGGUUUGAUAGCCUACUCUUUCGGAUUUUUUUUAUUUAUUGUAUGCUAAUAGGCCUACUUAAUUAGAAGAAUAUGCCUAUCAUUUGAUCACUUGUGUUUACUGUUUUCUGAUAUGAUUGGGAGAUGCAUGCAGAGUUUAAAGAGAAGUCGAGCUGGCUGCGCAUUGGACCGCUAAUUUUGACACCUCUGCUGCGGAGUAACCAUGUCAUUAUGUGGCUAAUCAACUAGACAAAAAGGUGUGCUAUUCUCAGAAGGGGUUAAGAAACUGUGAGAGGGUGAUUCCCUAAGCCUUGGGUGUUUGGUCAUAUGAGGGUACACUCUGUCUAGGUGAAUCCUACUUCUUCCACCCAGAGGAGGCCAGUCAAAUGAAGAGCAUGCUGCCCCAAAAGAGUCCUGUCACCACAAUGGUCUACGGCUCAGACUGUGUGAAGACUGAGCACAGCAAUGGCGGCUCAGUGGGUGGCACCGUGAUGAGAGGCUCCCGUUCGAAGGCGGAGCUGCAGGACUUGAUGGAGACUCUGCAGCGCAGGAAGAGUGCUCUGGAGGCUAGCCUCAGGGCCAGCGCAGAAUCUACCCGCACCUACCUUAGCCUGCCUCCUCCCAGCCCUGUGUCUCCCACAGCCCAUGGGAGCGCGAUGCGCCCCCUCUCCUCCAGGGGCCUCCCCUACAUGACCAGCAGCAGCAUGCCCCCCUCUCCUCGCCAGGGCGAGCGUCCUCUCAGCCCCAACCCGCCAUACACACGCUCACGCCACCAAUCACAGGACAGCCUGCUUCUCUCUAACUCCUCUGAUGGUCGCCGCCCCCCAGUAGCCAGUUCUCUGCUGUCCAUGUGGAAUGGUUCCUCUUCCUAUGGGGAGCCUGCCCCCCGUCCACCUCGGGGCCACAGCGGGGCGGCCAGCAUGCCCUCCAGCCCUCGUCUUGGCCGCAGGCUAUACGCCCAGGGCCGGAACAUGGACAAUGGUAUGGACCCUGCACCACGUCAGAGGAAGUACUCUACAGGGUCACUCAAUGGCCUGGGCUCUACCCACAGUCGCUCUCUACCCCGCCUCCACCGGUCGGCUGACUCCCCGGCUCUGUCCCUGCCACCACGCCGAUCCAUGGGCUCCCACCGAGGGGAGAAGGUUUCUGUGUCCUUCUCCUCUAAGUCGAGGCGCAACCUGUUUUCUCUGGAGCGGCCGCCAGACGUGACUGUGCCAGCCACAGCCAGUGUACCGGGUACUCCCCGCCGGGCCAGCCUGGCCUCUCUGGGCUGUGAGCUGGAGGGAGAGGGCCUGCAGGGCUCCUCACCCUGCCUGGACCUGGGCCUGGGGGAGAGGAGGCUGUCCUUUGGGAAGGGAGGACUGGGGCCGGGAUCGAGGAGGGGCAGCAUCAGCUCUCUGAAUGGGAAGGAGGAGCUGAGAGACUACCACAUGCACCAGAGAGACGAGAGGCUCAGAGAACAGGAGGUGCAGAGACUGGAGCGCCAACGGCUGGAGACCAUCCUGAGCCUGUGUACUGAGCUGGGCCGUGUGGAGCGGGACCAGAGAGGCUUGGCCGUCUCAGACCUGCAGAAGAUCAACAAGGAGCUGGAGAAGUUGCAGGUGUCUGAUGAUGAGUCGGUGUUCUCCGACUCCCCUGGCAGCGUCAGCGGCACUGCCCCGGAGAACUGCUUUGGCACCAGAGCCGAGGGAUACCAGUUGGCAGAGGAGCGGCAGGUCCGCGAGCGCCAUCACAGCGGGCACAGGGAUGCCAGGGCCCAGUCACCUGCUCUCAGCCUGCGCAGCAGUGCCCCCUCACCCUCCCCUCACCAUAGAGCCAAGCAGCAGGCUGCGGAGGAUGUGCAUCUGAAACAGGAAGUGAGCCGUAUUGAGGAGGAGAGGAUCCAGGUGCUGAACAACGUAGAGGAGGUGGAGCAGAAGAUCAAAGACCUGGACAACCAGAUGGAGGAGUCCAUCAGAGAGAUGGAGGUGGAGCGGGCUCUGCUGGAGGGAGAGCAGGUCUCUGAGAUGGCCCUGCUACAGAGGGAGAAGGAGGUACUGGACCAACUCAAUGAGAAGAUUGGCAGCACUGACAAGACUGCCCUUGCAGAGAAGUCCCAGGAGAAAGCCCUGCUCGAUGCUGAGAGGGUAAAAGUAGAGAGGCUGUCGGAGCUUGUCUCUGAGCAGAAGACCCAGCUGGACAACUGUCCCGAGGCGCUCAAGGAGCAGCUUCAGCAGCAGCUCUCCAGGGAUGUGGAGGUACUGGAGGCUGAGAGGAAGUGGUUUGAAGACCUGGAGUUCCAGCAGCUGGAGAGAGAGAGUCGUCAGGACGAGGAGAAGGAGGGUCGGAACCAUAAUUUACUCAGAGAGGUAGCAGAUUACCAGCGAAGUACUGUCACACGUAAGGAGAGACUCCUGACCCUGAAGAAGCAGUCCACACAGAUUACCCAGCAGUCUCAGCGAGAGAAGGACAGCUUUCUGAAAGAGAAGAACAACCUGCUCCUCAUGCUUCAGAGGGAGAGGGAGAACCUGGCCUCGCUGGAGAGGAAGUAUGCUGAAGUGACUGGAGGGCAGGCCUUCCCUAACAACCCUGUUGCCAUGAAAGAGCACUUCCGCUCUCUGGAGGAGAGGAGGCGGGGCAGUAAGGAGAACUCCCACCUCAGUGACAAUCUCCGUAAGAGGAGCCAGCAGCCCCUCAGUCACUACAGCAGCUCCACACUGGGCCGCAGCCUGUCCUCUAAGUCCCACGUGCCCCUGUCCCAGACCUCCAGCUGUGGUAGUGCCAUCCCCCGGGGCCUCUCUGUCUCUCCCCGAGAUCUGGAAUCUCAACGCCUGCUCAAGGCAGGCCACAGCCACCUGUACGCGAGUGAGGACCGACAGAGACUGGUUGACCUGUGUAGCAGGACCGUCUCCGAGUCCAACGUCUUCCUGGACUCCUUCCACUACGCAGACAACGGCCAUGCCUUCGACACGCUCAGCGUGGACAGCUCUGACAGCAUGGAGACCAGCAUCUCUGCCUGCUCCCCAGACAACAUCUCCAGUGCCAGCACAUCCAACGUAGCAAAGAUUGAAGAGAUGGAACGUUUGUUACGAGAGGCCCAGGCUGAUAAGAAUCGUCUCCUUGAGCACAGGGAGCGUGAGAUGGAGGUGCGCAGGCAGGCCCUGGAGGAGGAGCGGCGGAGGAGGGAGGACCUGGAGAAGAGACUCCAGGAGGAGACCAGCAGGAGGCAGAAGAUGAUCGAGAGGGAGGUGAAGCUACGCGAGAAACAGAGGGCACAGGCCCGGCCGAUGACACGCUACCUCCCUCAGAGGAAGGAUGACUUUGACCUCCAUGGUCACAUCGAGGCAGCUGGACACAACCCAGACAACUGCUACCACCUGGCCAUCACCGAUAAAACCUGCAGAGGGUUCCUGGUCAAGAUGGGUGGCAAGAUCAAGACCUGGAAGAAACGCUGGUUUGUCUUCGACCGGAACCGCAGGACCCUGGUCUACUACGCAGACAAACACGAGGCCAAGAUGAAAGGGGUCAUCUACUUCCAAGCCAUAGAAGAGGUUUACUAUGAUCAUUUAAAGAAUGCACACAAGAGCCCGAACCCAUCGCUGACGUUCAGCGUGAAGACCCAUGACAGGGUGUACUACAUGGUGUCUCCCUCCCCUGAGGCCAUGCGUAUCUGGAUGGACGUCAUCGUCACCGGGGCUGAAGGAUACAUGCAUUUCAUGGUCUGACAAAUCAACAGGAAAUAUCCUCUCCUCCACUUCCAUCGCUGCCUCAAAGACAAAGCAAUGUGACUGGUCAGGAUUGAGAAUCUGUGACCCGAGCACAAUACCCUCCUGGUUUUUACCUUUACAGCCACUUUCAUUUCAGUCUCACUUCAGUGAGCCCACCUCUCCUCCUCCUCCUCCGGGACUGAUGUGAUGGUAAUCUGAUACUUCAGUUUGGCAGUGAAUUACUUCCUCUGGAGGAUUAGGUGUCCAGUGUUGCUUGUUCAUUUGGAAAGGACAAUCUAGGAAGAUUCGAAUACUUAUUGUUUUAUGUGUGAGAAGCCUUUUGGCACAAUCACAUGGUUUACCCUCAUGAUAUUUUGAGACCGUUAAUGACACUGAGUCGCUGUCUAGGGUGUUUUAUGCAGUCGGAUAGGCUAACAGUGUACUAGAGGUUACUGUCUGGUCCUUUCCAUCAUCCAAGUUGAGCCGGCUGUUGAUUGGUCAACCAAAGCUCUCCAUCUGUUUUCCUUCCAGCUGGACAGUCUCUUUUUUCCCCCCCCCUCAUGUGCCAAACCUUCCAGGGGACUGUCUAGCAUCUGCACAGACUGAGAGGACAAUAGCACCCUCCAUUGGAAAACCCAAGGUGAUGCACAUAACUGAUAUGCGUCUUUUGUACCUUACUGUUGCUCAGGAACGUGGGGUCAACAGGGGAAAUCUUAAAACGCCGGAGACUUGAAGGGUUUGAAAAGUACCUCUCUCAUCACUAUGUACCAAAGACAUACUUAUUUGUAUGUAAAUCAUGUAAAAGGAAUACUUUCAGGGUGUGGAAGGCGUUGACGAUCUGUGUGCAUGUGUAUAUACAUUUAGUAUGUGCCACACAGCUAAAUAAGUUGGCAAAAACAUUCCAGGGCACUUAAAAUACUAGUUCAAAAUAAAUGUCUUAAUCGAACAUUGUAUGUUGUGCCUUUUAUGUAAGUCCAUCUUAUGACAGGUUGUGUAAUAUCAGGCUAUCAGUGGGCAGGGUGCAGCUCCCUACCCAAUGAAUGGGCUCAUUAAUUUCGGGAAAGCUUUAGAAGGCCUUGCAUUGCUCCUAUUGUAAAGCACCAUGUGAUGUUGGAUGUCAUUGAUGUCCUUAGCGUUGGCCUGUUUUUAGUUUUUACACAGUCGAGACCUGUGUAGCGCUAUAAUAGUUAUUGCUUUUAAAAUGACUUUUUUGGGGGGGGGGGGGGGGGGGGGUCACAAAUAAUGGAACAUGUAUUUAUAUUGGUUUAAUUGUAUCUGCUCUUCUUUUUUUGUUGUUGACAAAUGUAUAAAUAUGUGUCAGUAGUAUGUGCAUGUUGAACAUACAAAUCAGCCAUUUGUGUUCCACCAAAGAGCAAAGCAAUCUCCAGUGUUCUGGAAUGAUUUAUAUUGAAGUCAAAAUGGAAAAGAAAAAUGUGAUUUUGCUUAUUUGACCCAGUUAUCUUAGCUGAUGUAUUUUGAAUUAGUGAUCAAAAAUGUAUUAUUCUUUUUAAGAUCCAAUGAUACUGAAAUGUCUCCCUCACGGUGAGCUCAUAGGUAGCAAGUAGUUGCAUGGUCAAUGAGGUGACUGGGAGAGUGCACACGAGACCAAAGGGUGUUGAGGUGACGGUUGAUUAGCUCAUAGGGAAUUUUUCAGUGUUAUGAAGGGGACUGACUAGUUCCUUGUGACCAGUUGACAUGUCAAGCAGGAACCCUCAUGCUCUGCCUGUGUGACUACACAGUAUGGGCACACUUCAAGUAUUUUCCAUAUGUGUACCAAGGAAACGAUCACUUUUAUGCAUUUAAAAUAUAUAUACAUUUGGUAUUUUUAUAUGAACAGUGGUAAUUCAGAUGUUAUUUUUAAUCCUGCAUGUUUUUUUUAUACAAAUGUAAGAAUAAAUCAUAUGUUUA